CACUCGGUCCAAAGUUGCAUAGAGCCGUUGAGGCGACAAAUGAUAAGAAUAGAAACGCUUUCAAAAUUUGAACACCAUUUCUAUAAAGUAGUGUGACACUGCAUCUGCCAUUAUUGUAGAGAGAAAGAGAAAGAGAAAGAGAAAGAGAGCAAUAUAUACAACUUAGAAUUACUAUUCCAUCCUCUGAAACUGGUAUUUCCAUCCUCUGAAACUGUUAUUCUAGAGAGAGAGAGAGAGAUAUCUAACAAUGGAGAAGUACGAGAAGUUGGAGAAAGUGGGAGAAGGGACAUAUGGGAAGGUGUACAAGGCACAAGACAAGGUAACAGGCCAACUCGUUGCCCUAAAGAAAACAAGACUCGAGAUGGACGAGGAAGGGGUUCCACCCACUGCACUCAGAGAAGUCUCUCUCUUGCAAAUGCUCUCUCAGAGCAUCUAUGUUGUAAGAUUGUUGUGUGUCGAGCACAUUGAAAAGAAUGGCAAGCCACUUCUUUACCUGGUGUUUGAGUAUUUAGACACAGAUCUGAAGAAGUUCAUUGACACAUAUCGGCGUGGGCCCAAGCCAAGGCCUCUUGAGCCUAGCACAAUUCAGAGCUACAUGUUCCAAUUAUGCAAAGGAGUUGCCCACUGUCACAGUCAUGGCGUGCUUCACAGAGACUUGAAACCACAAAACCUUCUGGUUGACAAAGAGAGAGGUAUACUGAAAAUUGCCGAUCUUGGCUUGGGAAGAGCAUUUACUGUGCCUCUAAAGAGCUAUACGCAUGAGAUUGUCACACUUUGGUACAGAGCUCCUGAAGUGUUGCUUGGAAUCACCCACUAUUCCACUGGGGUAGACAUGUGGUCUGUUGGCUGCAUAUUUGCUGAAAUGGUGAGAAGGCAAGCCCUUUUUCCUGGUGACUCAGAGUUGCAACAACUGCUUCAUAUUUUCAAGAUGUUAGGGACUCCCACAGAGGAGCAAUGGCCAGGAGUGACUUCCUUACGUGACUGGCAUGAAUAUCCAAAGUGGAGGCCAAAUAACUUGGCUGCUGCUGUUCACUCUUUGAACCCUGAAGGUGUCGACCUCUUGUCGAAAAUGCUUCAGUAUGAUCCUGCAAAUAGAAUAUCAGCCAAGGCAGCUCUGGAUCAUCCUUACUUUGAUACCCUCGAUAAAUCUCAAUAUUGAGGUGUUUAAUGUGAUAUUUCCCUUUGCCCUUUGUUUGUGCACAAAAGGAAAGCAAGUUAUAUUCCUUUCUUAUUUUUUAUUCGAAGACUUUUUUUGUGAUAGUUUUUUUUCAUGUUUAGAGUUAAAAGGGAUAAUCAAUGACCAUUUUCAUAUGAAA